CGCCUGCAGCGCGGACCUGGACGAGCGCGAGUCGUACUGCGCGAGCGAGUUCGGUGAGCCUGACCUCAUUUUCUUCUUAAGAGUGGCAGCGGGCAGGGAGAGAUGAACGUAACGCUUUUCUCCAAAAUGUGUUUUGAAAGCAGCAGUGAACGGAAUCGUGCGAGAUGUGGACGUGCUGGGCGCCGGGAUCCGGCUGGUGACUCUGCUGGUGGACCGGGACGGGCUGUACAAGAUGAACCGUCUGUACAUCACUCCAGACGGGUUUUUCUUCCAAGUCCACAUACUAGCCCUGGACUCCUCCAGUUGCAAUAAGCCAUGCUUAGAAUUUAAACCUGGCAGCAGGUACAUUGUGAUGGGCCACCUCUACCACAAGCGACGGCAGCUCCCUGCGGCGCUGCUCCAGGUCCUGAGAGGGCGCCUGCGUCCAGGAGACGGACUGCUCGGGAGAAGCAGCAGCUACGUGAAAAGGUUUAACCGCAGAAGGGACCGGCAGGUGCAAGGUGCAGUUCACAGCCAGUGCGUCUGAAGCACAUCCUGGUGGCAUUUAUGGUUUACAAGAGACUUGCAAUUCAGCUGCGGCGCAAAAGGUCUAGAUGUGAUGGGGUCUUCUACAAUUGGGCCUACAGCGACUUUACGAACAAGGUGUAUAGUUCCAACACUAAUCUUGAAGUUGUCACUUUAUGUACAAUGGUAAGCGGCUGAUUUCAGUAGCAAAGUUACUCAAAUGUAAUGUGCAUAGACGCCUUCACACAGCUUAGGUAGCUGGUCUGUCUGUUCAGUUAACAGAUCACUGCUUCAUGUUAAGUUUUCAAAUUAUUUUAAUACUUUCUUCAGUAAAAAUAGUUCACAAAAACAUUUUUGAAUUUAAAUAUACAACUUUGAAUAGUUUGUAUCAUUCUUCAAGCCAAAUUUAUACUUAAACCAUCACAUUUUCUGUACAAAAAGAGUAGGCACACUAGUCUGCAGACAUUUACAGAUGAAAUGUCGUUUAGAUCAAACACUAGGGCCAGAGCCCUGGACAAGUAUUAAAUGUUUACAUUUAGAGUACUAAAGGGCUUAAUUCAAGCACAAUUAUUAUUGAAAGCAAGUGUUCCUGAUGUACCAAAAUGUAAUACAGUGUAUUUUCAUGCCUUUCUGCUCCUAAUAACAUGUUUUGUGCCAAACUGGCAGCUAUUCCAGUGCUAAGUGUAGUCUGAUGUAUCUGAUGUCAUUUUUCUAUUAAGACCAAGUUAUCAUGUUUGUGUUUGUAAAGCAGUAAAUCUUGCCUUGAAAUCAGAUCUUGGAUGCAUCUGUUUUGUUUUGUUUUAGCCUCAGUGAGCCUCAAGUUUUGAGAAAAAGCUUACAUUUUAAAUGUUUUUCUGUUGGUUUGAAGAUCUAGUCACUAGCUAAAUACGAUAAUUUUACACUUGAGUCAACAGACAUUACAGUUAUUUUUUAAGAUCAAGCUCUAUUACAGUUAAUUUGAAGUACUGUGAAUACAGACACAAAUAAUGCAUGAAGAUUACAGCUCUGUGAAGAUAGAGGAAGUUCACAGAGGGGAGAAAAGCAGACUAUUUGGUCUGCAGGUGACAUGCUCAUGGAGUUCAGUGUGCAUUUAGAACAUGACGUGGUUCAAGGAUGAGUAGGACUGGAUGCUGGAGAGUGAACAGGAAAGCAAGGAGCGAUACAAAAUUGAGAGGUUCUGACUAGUAUGUGGUAACACAUUACUGGGGACUUGUAGAUAAUUUUCCAAAAGUGAAUCGUCUGAAUUUC